GACGAUUUCCAAGCUUGCUAUUCAUUAAACGCGCUCUUUCGUGUUCCAUCUCAUUUAGGACGGCCCUUUGUACUUAAUUCUUCCUAGAGUCAGCGAUUUUAUUAUCUCAACUUUGUUCCUCGACAUACUAGGCCUGUGGUUAUCUGUUUUAAAUCUUGCUGUCAGCUGUACUGAUCAUGCUAGAGACUGCCGAUAAGAAGCAGAUUGAAAGCGUUGAGACGAGCAACAGUGACAACCGUAAUAAACAUGAACGUCAAGGUCAGUCGGCAGCGUCGUCAUCUGAAUCAUCGCCCGUAGUGGUGGUGGAUGGAAGCAGCAGCAUUAGCAACAACAGCUACGAUUUGGCAUAUUUUGAACCAACACGCAUUCUGUGUAAUAACAGCACACACAAAACUGUUACACUGCUGGGGCAGUUUCGUAAUCUCUCGAGCGACAACUACGCGAUCGUUGUAUUGGAAAAAACGGCCUUCGCCGAAGUGCACCUGAAAAAGUCGAAAUCAGUGACGACAGCAAAUUCAGUCGUCGAGACGUCUCCGCGCAGUGAAAGUGAGCGAAAUCCAGCAGCUGACGAUAGUAGAAGUUUCUUCUCGUCCAAAUCACUGCUGAGGACGGAAUUCAUCAAUGAUAUUUAUGGGAAUUUCACGUGCUUGACGGACGCAGAAAUCAAUCAACUCAAGGUGACAAUCAUUUAUCCAGCCAGUGAAAAACACAUACUCAAAUACUCCUCGCAGACCAGAUAUCUGGUGGAAGAAACGGCCAAAGAUUAUCAGACCGUGACGUUGCCCCACUUGGAGCAGGAACAGCUGAGUUUAGAGUGGCUGUACAACAUUCUCGAACACCGAAAGGAGCAAGAACGCAUAGUUUUCGAGGACCCUUCGGACGAGUUGGGAUUUAUUCUGCUGCCGGACUUGAAAUGGGACGGUAAAACGCUGGAACAACUCUAUCUGCUUGCUCUAGUUCGCCAGAAAGGGAUAAAAUCGUUGCGAGAUUUAACGGCCACACAUUUGCCACUUUUGAGAAAUAUCAGAGAUUGUGGAACCAAAGCAAUCAGCGAACGGUUCGGAAUUGCCAGUAACCUGUUGAGAAUUUAUCUCCACUAUCAGCCAUCCUUCUAUCAUCUCCAUGUGCACUUCACUUACCUGAAGCACGAUCCACCGGGUAUUCAGUGCGAGAAGAGUCACUUGUUGUCGACAGUGAUUGAAAAUAUCGAACUGCUAACGGAUUACUACCAGAAGGUUACACUUUCCUGCGUUCUCAACGAGAGGGAUAAAUUGUACGAGAAACUUGUAGCGGCUAAAAAUUCAACCGAGGAGCCCGAAUGUAAACGGGCGAAGAUAGAAUAA